CGGCCGGCGCGGCACGGCACGGCACGGCUCGGCUCGGCUCGCACUCCGGCUGCGCGCGGCUCGCCACCGGCCGCUCCCCCGCAGCAGGCUCGGGCUGCCGGCCUGGGGCUCGCAUGGCCCCGUGACCCCCCCCCCCAGGCGGCGACCCCCUUCGGCUGGCUCGGGCGGCACCAUGCUGGGCUCGGACGCGUGCGAGUUCGGCGGGCAGCUGCUGGAGCUGCUGCGGCUGGCGGUGUGCGCCCGAGAUAUCAUGGUGGACAAGGACAGUGUGACACCCCCCCUGGAGGAGGAGAUGGAUGAUGUGGACUUGGCAUACAGGGCCCCGGAGAAGAAGACCCUCCAGGAGAUCCAGCAGCUGGAUGAGGAUGAUGAGAGCCUGAACAAAUACAAGCGGGUGCUGCUGGGGCCCAUCCCAGUGGGUGUCGAUCCCAGCAUGGCUAACGUCACCUUGACGAAACUGACUCUGCUGUGUGACCAGGCUCCAGGGCCCAUCACCAUGGACUUAACAGGGGAUCUGGAGGCGCUGAAGAGCCAGCCAUUUGUGCUGAAGGAAGGGGUGGAUUACAGAGUGAAGAUCUCGUUCAAGGUGAACAAGGAGAUUGUCUGUGGCCUGAAGUAUUUGCAUCACACCUACAGGAAAGGCUUGAAAGUGGAUAAAGACGUCUACAUGAUGGGCAGCUAUGGACCCCGCGCCGAGGAGUACGAGUUCCUGACCCCCCCGGACGAGGCCCCCAAGGGCGUGCUGGUGCGGGGCACCUACCACAUCAAAUCCUUCUUCACUGACGAUGACAGAACGGACCAUCUCUCCUGGGAGUGGCACCUCUGUAUAAAGAAGGACUGGAAGGAUUGAAGCCCUCCCCCCCUUCCUCACCCUCCCCUGUCCAGACUAACUUUAACAUGAAUUAGGGGCAAACGAGCCAUACUACAAACACAAGGGCUCUGGUGCUGCUUCCCGGGCCUAGCCAAGUCAGGCAGUCAAACAGGGCACCAUGCCCCCAGCUCUAGUGCUUCUCUCCCCUCUGCCAUCGGCAGCUGCGUUCCCCCCCCAUAGUACAUUACCCCAAGCAGGCUGCUGAGCCCUAGUCUGAGCCAGUCCCUCCCCUGCCUACUCCCUGCUCUGUGUCUGUCUUUACUUUGCCAAGGACUAGGGAAUGCAGGACUCCCCAUCCCUAGACUCUGCUGCUGCCCAACGGGCCCCUCUCGGUGUUGAGCCCAGCUCCCCUCAGCAUAGCACAGGGCUCACUGUGCCCCCAGCUGCAGGUUUUAGGGCCUCCUGCCACUUUCACAAGGUUCUUCCAAACAGCCGCUCCCAAAGAUAACCACCACGCCCCCGCUGUUGCUCGUGUCUCAGCAUUAGCAUUGCACUGCUAGCAGGGUGCCUUGCAUCAGCCUUGUGGUGCCCUGGGGGAGCUCCCGGAGCCUGUCCUAUGCUGAGAAGCAGCCGGAGGGUUUACUGGCUUAGCCCAGCCCCCCCAUUGAUGGCUGUGUAUGUGAAGUCCCUGUCUGUCUGCCUCUCGAGAUACCCCGCGGGAGCUGCUGUGCCACCCUCAGUGUGGAGCUCUGUGCUGCCCGUUCUGGCCGUGCCAGCUUGCGUCACUCCACUCAUUGCAAGCCCUCCCCUUGCCACACAACCAGCCCCAGCUUCUAACAAAGCCCAGGACCAUUCACAUUUGAUUCACACGAAGGUGGGCUCACCCUUUGGGGAUCGGACUCCCAGGGCGGGGUCAGGAUUAGUUUUCAUUGCUAGGGGGUAUUUUGAAUACUGACUCUGUCCGGCAUUUCCACCGCUGGCUCUGUAGUGAGUGAAUGGGUCAUAGCUCUGGGUGAGGGUGUCCCGUUGUGUAAGGGGCUGUGCCAGCUCACAACUCUGUGCCUGCCGGCCCCAUGGCCUCUGCUCUGUGCUGGGCCAGUGUGGUCCUGAAGGGUGCACCGAACGCGGCUGUACUGACCCUUCCUCACCUGUUCUGCUGAUACCCCUGGCUGUGCUCUUGGUCAUUACCAUUAAACGUUACCACCUCUCUUUGACUUAU